CAUUAAAUCAACUGCGAACGUUGCUUCAGCUGUCAGCUCUGAAAAUGCUGAGUAGGUGUGACAAGCUACUAUUUCCUAGAGUAGCUGCAGCUAAUCAACAAUAAGCAGAAACAACAAACUCGGAUUAAACUCAAACACUAACAGAAUGGCUAUUCACAAAGCAGGAUCUUAUUUCAACAGAUUGCAAUGCAAGCACUGAUAUUUUCAAACAGACAAACAUCUAAGUCAGACAGUGAGCAACACUUCCGCUAAUGAUGAAACCGCCAUCUCACACUCAAACAUCACUUACUGAAACACUGCAGUAGCCGCAGUCUUCAUUCCAAGGACAGGGACAGUGACGGCUAAAAGAAGAAUAGCUGGCUUCUCAACUGCAACAAGGUCUACUUAAAACUCUAACAUGAGCAAAUUUGGAGUGAAAUGGUGUUUCGGGUUAAUACUUUUAUCAGCUAUCUUCAUAUAUGUGGCAAUUGUCAAACUUCCAAAUUACUUUAAGAAUUAUACAGUGCAAAGGAACAGCGACGUGUUUCUGCAAAACUGUAGUAUACACUGUCCUGCAAUAAUGAAUGGUGAUAAGGAAGCAUGCCAGCUUGGAAACCAUUGCCAAAAGCAGGUCAAGCCUGAAAAAUUUCACAUUCAAGACCCAAUCAACUGCACCAGAAUCAAACAAGAAUAUCACUUCAUAACAGGUUCACUGUCACAAGAAGAAGCCAGCUAUCCCUUGGCGUAUAUUAUCACAAUUCACAAAGAGUUUGAAAUGUUUGUAAAACUUCUGCGAGCAAUUUAUAACACAGACAAUGUUUACUGUAUUCAUGUUGACCAAAAGUCACCAGAAGAUUAUAAAAGAAACGUGAAGAAAUUGACAGACUGCUUUGAAAACAUUUCUGUAGCUUCAAAAAUAGAACAUGUUGUUUAUGCUGGUUUUUCACGCCUGCAAGCAGACAUAAACUGUAUGAAAGAUCUCGCAAGCUCAAAGGUUAAGUGGAAGCAUGUUAUCAAUCUCUGCGGACAAGAUUUCCCAAUUAAAACUAAUAGGGAAAUCAUUUUGCACAUUAAAAGUAAAUGGCAGGGCAAAAAUAUCACACCAGGAAUACAACAACCACCAAAUAUGAAAUACAGGACAGAAUACAGCUACAAAGAGCAUAUCAAUAAUGAUAAAUCUUAUGUUUAUCGAACUGACAAGAAGAAAGCCAAACCACCUCUGGGUCUCGCUCUUUAUUUUGGAAUGGCAUACUAUGCACUCACAAGAAACUUUGUGCAAUUUAUACUGGAAGAUGCACGUGCCAAAGUUCUUCUUGAGUGGUCACAGGAUACAUAUAGCCCUGAUGAGCACUUCUGGGUGACAAUGAAUCGUUUAAAAGAUGCACCUGGUGCAACCCCAGACAGUACAUGGGAAGGCAAUGUACGGGCAGUAAAAUGGGCACCCAAUGCCGGACCAUCAACAGAGGGCUGUAAUGGACAUUACGUCCAUGACAUUUGUGUGUAUGGCCUCCAAGAUUUAAAAUGGAUUGUUGAACAACAAGAUAUGUUUGCCAAUAAAUUUGACAUGUCGUCACCUCUGACUGUUAAGUGUAUUGAAACAUGGCAUAGGAAUCGCACACUUAGUCAAGCUUCAGCAACUAUACAGCCACACUGGUACCUCGAGGAUUAAAAAUAUUUUGAAAUGAAGAUGAACAUUUGACUAAAAGCACUUAAUAGAAUGAUAAACUAAUCUCAGAGAAUCAGAUCUGGUUUUCGGAUGUCUUCCGCAAGGUUUUUAGAAAUUAAAUAAUUAUAGAAGAUAGCCGUUUAUGCUCAUGUGUGCAAUUAAGAAUAAAGAUAAUUGGAUGAGUGAAUCAUUAAUUCCUAAUGAAUCAUAGGAAGUAUCCAUAUAAAGUGCUUGCUACUUGACAUCACUUACAUAACUCAGUUUGUGGAAAAUACCACUUGAUUCACAACUGCACUGUGCCGAUGUGAAACAACCAGUUUAACUUGUUUUGUCAAAUGUUUGAGAUAGUUGCCUUUCCAGUCUACUUUAGGACAGACCAGCCAUUUUGCAAACUCAACUUCUGUGGCUGAAAAAGAAUAAGUAAUAUUUUGAUCCCACUGACCUGCAAGAUAGCUUCAAUGCCUUCUAUUACUGCAUUAUGCUAGCAAGACGAGCAAAAGGCUAGUGUUCUCUUUACAAGAUUGCUUAUAAGGCAAAUUAAUAGCAGAUGAAGCCAUAUGAUUCCCAGCCUGCACCUCGAAUGGUGAAGGUAGACGUGUCAUAGAAAAUAGUGGAGAACAUACCAGAGAAUUUCUCAACAGUGCACUGAGGCAAGGGUCAGGUUAGACUACUUCCCCACAAAAGUGAAUAUUUUAAAUUCACUUAUCGGGGUGAAGUCACUGGCUGGCCAGCCAGCAUUUAUUGCCCAUUUCUAUUUGCCCUUGAAAAGAUGGUGGUGAACUGCCUUCUUGAACCACCACAAUCCACAUGCUAUUGGCUAACCAACAAUGCCCUGAGGGACGAAAUUCCAGGAUUUUGAGCCAGUGACAGUGAAAGAACUGCAAUAUAUUUCUGAGUGAGGAUGGUGACUGGUUGGGAAAGAUUGCAGAUAGAUUUUAUUUUGUUCAAAAAGCACACACAAUUUAUAGACAGUCAGUCAAUGUAGCGUCUUAUAAAUUCUUACUUUAGAAAUAAAACCAGUCUGACUCCGAACAGAUUCCAAACAAGGUCUCACACCUAACAUGCAUUGUCUGGCCUAAAACAUCACCUCUUCUUUACACUGAUAAAACCUUCUGUUUUCUCAGGCGUAUGACUUGAAAGGAAUUCAGGGAUUUACAUAUACAUAUUAAUCAAUGAAAAACUUCCAUCUGAUUAAAGAUUUAACAGCAUUUUAGGUUUGUUUAGUACAUCCUCAAUGGUGUGAAUCUGUGAUCUUUUAUUUAUAACUUGCGUGUCUGAUACCACCUCUCUCACUAACACCUGAAGGAAGAGAGGCGCUCUGAAAGCUUGUGCUUUCAAAUAAAGCUGUUGCACUAUAGCCUGGUGUCAUGCGAUUUCUGACUUCGUCCACCCCAAUCCAACACCACCACCACCUCAUCAUCAUGGAAAGUAACUGGCAGAUGGAGGUGUUCCAGUGUAUUUGCUGCCCUUUACCUUCUAGAUGGAAGUGGUCAUGUGUUUAGAAGGUGCUAUUAAGGAUCUUUGGUGAUUUUUUGCAGUAGAUCUUGUUGAUAGUGCACACCAAUGCCACUGAGCAUUGGUAGUCAAGCGAGUGGAUAUUUGUAGAUGUGGUGUCAAUCAAGCAAGUUGCUUUGUUUUGGACACAAACUCCUUGAAUGCUACCAGAGCUGCACACAUCCAGGCAAGUGGGGAGUAUUCCAUCACACUAGUGAUUUGUGCCAUGUAGAUGGUAGACAGGCUUGGGGGAGUCAGAAGGUCAGUUAGUCACCAUAGUUUCUCGCCUCUGACCUGCUCUUGAGAGCACUGUUUUUAUGUGAUGAGUCCGAUUGAGUCUCUGGUCAACGGUAACCCCAAGGACAUUGAUAGUGGGGAGUUCAGUGAUGGUAACACCAUCGAAUGUCAAAGUGUGAUGGUUAAAUUGUCUUUAUUGGAGAUGAUCAGUGCCUGGCAUCUGUGGGGCGUGAAUGUUACUUGCCACUUGUUAGCCCAAACCUAGAUACUGGCACUGGAGGCAGCUCAAAAGACAUUUGUCUAAUUCUGGAGAUGAAAAGGUUGACUUAACAAGAAUUGCUAAACAGGUUUGGGCUUUAUUUAUUAGUUUAGAAGAAUGAGGGAUGACCUUACUAAAAUAUACUGGGUUCUAAAAAGGACUAGACAGGGUAGAUUUUGAGAAAAUAUUUCCAGUAUUGGGGUAAGGUCAAAUUUAAAAAUAAGAUGCCAAAAAAUGCUUUCUCUGAGGGUGGUGAAUGUCUGAAAUUCUCUAUCCCAGAGAGUUGUGGAGGCUAGAUCAUUGAAUGUAUUUAAAGAGAAAGUUGAUAAACCUUUGUAUUGUAACAGUAAAAGGUUACGAGCAGCUGACACAAAAGAGGAAUUGAAUCCUGAGGCAGAAAGACACGAUCUUACAGAAUGGUGGGGCAGGUUUGAGAACAGCCUACCCCCUGCUCCUAUUUUGUAUGUUCUUAUAUUCUGAUGAAAGAUGGGCUAGGCUGGUGUGUUUUCUUUCAUGCAAAAAAAUGGGUGAGGGAGGGCCUAAUGGAAUUAUGUAAGAUAAUUAUGUAAGAGAGAUUGGGUAGAUAGAAAGACAUUUUUUUCCCCUAUUCAAGGAGUGCAUCAAUGACCACGGGCCAAAGACUUAAGGCAGGAGGUAGAAAGUUAAGAGUGGAGUUGAGGAGAAAUUUUUUGACCCGGAAGCUGGCAGAAGUCUGCGACUCAUUGCCUGGAGUCAGCAAUAGCCUCCAGAACUGCGGGGGAGAAAGCUGGAAAAUAAGAUUAGUGUAGUCAGAUCUUUGCUGAUCGGUGCAGGCGCAACAGGCCAAAUAGCCUCCUUCUGAGCUGUAAACGUACAUAAGGCUAGAUCUCAUUUAGUCAAAAAAUACAUGCUCUCUCUACCUCAAACUACCGGGGAAAAACAAUCUUUUUCAACUUUAAGAUGGCUCUCGUAAUACUGGCAAACCAUUAUUUUCUGUUUUAUAAUAACGUUUUUAUCUAUAUUGAAUCAUGUAU